GAUGGCAGCGGAGUCAGUCGUGUGCUUCCUCUAGGAGACUCCCCUGAGCAGCGAAUAUGAUUUUUCCCUGGUCAACAUUGGGCGAUUAGAGGCUGUGAGUGGCCUGUCCAGAGUCCAGCUCCUCCGUCCAGGGUCCCCACUUAAAUUUAUCCCUGAGGAGAUUCUCAUUCAUGGCCGAGACUUCCGGCUGCUCAGAGUUGCUUUUGAGGCUGGAGGACUAGAGCCUCAAGCCUUUCAGGUAAGAGACCUUCAACCCAAAGACUCCUCUUCAGAGCCUUGGGGAUCCUUUCCCUGGUAUUCCCACUACUGCCCUAUCUUUUACAACCCCUCUCAUCAUUCUGUCUGCUUCUCUCCUCAAGGAGAGGCUAAAAGCACAAGAGUAAGGGGCCUGAAUUCUAGCCCUGGGGUUGCCAAUUAUCAGGAGUGUGACAGUGGGCAAGUUUCUUCCUUUGAAAAACAGGGAGGGCUGGAUGAGACUGUUCCUGAGAUUCUUCCCAGAAUUCACAUUCUGUGGUUCCGUGAUUCUGGAUGUGUUCUCCUGAACCCAGGCCCCAUGACCUGUGGAAGCUCCCUUCCUCAGCGACUGUCUUUGCUGUUGUCCUGUGUCUCUACUGGUGGCAAAGACAGUUGAACAACACAUGGGCCCCACUUCAUCCUCUACACUUCUUCAGUCUGAGCCAGAAGGCUGUGAUGUCCUUUCUUCCACAGGUGACCAUGGCCAUUGUCCAAGCCAGAGCUCAGAAUAGUCAAGUUCAACAGUAUGCAGGGAUACCCCUGAGCAAGGCUGGCCAGAGUUCAGGGUCCAGAAAACCACCUGUUCCCCUCUUGGAGACAUCAGAAGACUGGGAGGCUGAGCGGAAAAAGCAGGGGGCCAGGGGCUGGAGGGUCAGCACCGUCAAUGAGAGGUUCGACAUAGCCACCAGCCUCCCCCGUUACUUCUGGGUCCCUAAGCGAACCCUGGACAGUGAAGUCAGGAGAGCCUUUGGCCACUUCCAUCAGGGCCGUGGACCGCGUCUGUCCUGGCAUCACCCUGGGGGCAGUGAUCUUCUCCGCUGUGGUGGCUUCUAUACAGCCAGCGACCCUAACAAGGAGGAUAUCAGAGCAGUGGAGUCGAUGCUUCAGGCUGGGCAUUCAGAUGUUGUCCUGGUGGACACCGGGGAUGAGCUGCCUAGUCUUGCAGAUGUCCAACUUGCCCACUUGAGGCUGAGGGCCCUCUGCCUGCCUGAUUCAUCUGCAGCUGAGGAGAAAUGGCUCUCAGCCCUGGAAGGAACACGAUGGUUGGAUUAUGUCAGGUCUUGUCUUCGAAAGGCCAGUGACAUCUCAGUCCUAGUGACAUCCAGGGUUCGCUCUGUAGUACUACAAGAGCGCGGUGAUCGUGAUUUCAAUGGCCUCCUCUCUUCACUCGUCCAGCUGCUUUCAGUCCCUGAAGCCCGAACACUGCUUGGCUUCCAAUCACUAGUGCAGCGAGAGUGGGUGGCAGCUGGACACCCCUUCCUGACCCGACUUGGGGUAACUGGAGCCAGUGAAGAGGCUCCAGUGUUUCUCCUCUUCCUUGAUUGUGUCUGGCAGCUCCUCCAGCAGUUUCCAGCUGAGUUUGAAUUCUCAGAGUUUUUCCUUCUUGCUCUUCAUGACAGUGCCAGGGUUCCUGACACCCUCACAUUCCUGAGAGAUACUCCCUGGGAGCGUGGAAAACAGGGUGGACAGUUCAACUCCUAUACACAAAUCUAUAACCCAGGGUACUGCCAACCCCCUGCUGGGAAUUCUGUUAACUCGCAGCUAUCUGUCUGGGACUGGGAUUUACGCUACAACAGUGAACAGAUACUACAAUUCCAUAAUCCUGGCUAUGACCCAGAACACUGCCCAGAUUCCUGGCUUCCCAGACAGCAGCCAAGCUUCAUGGUUCCUGGACCCCCCAGUUCUGUGUGGCUCUUCUCCAGAGGGGCCCUGACUCCCCUCAAUCAGCUCUGUCCUUGGCGGGACAAUCCUUCCCUGCUGGCAGUCUCUUCUCGUUGGCUCCCUCGAGCAGCUAUCUCCUCUGAAAGCCUGGCUGAUCAGGAGUGGGGGCUCCCCUCACAUUGGGGGGCUUGCCCUUUACCCCCGGGGUUGCUGCUGCCUGGAUAUCUGGGACCCCAGAUCAGGCUGUGGAGACGCUGCUACUUGAGGGGAAGGCCUGAGGUCCAGAAAGGCCUCUCAGCUCCCACAAUCUCUGGCCUCCAGGAUGAGCUAUCCCAUCUUCAGGAGCUUUUAAGGAAAUGGACACCAAGAAUAUCUCCUGAGGAUCAUUCCAAGAAAAGAGACCCAAAUACCAUUCUCUCCCAAUCCCGCUGAAAUUACUGUCUUUUUUUUUUAACCGACUGAGCGACCCAGGUGCCCCUUAAUUACUGUCUGUUUUAUGGGCAUGGCAAAGGGUGGUCCAGAGUGAGGGAGGGUUCUAACCUUCUGAUUCUUCUUAUCUGGUCUUGCUGUCUCAGCUUUUGACACUCCAGCACUCAACAAGCUCACUGACCUUUCUGUUGCAAGUGUGUGGUGCUAACCUUCUCCAACUCUUGCCCUGUCCUGUUUGGUUCAAGAUAGGUUUCUUGUGGUUUGAGGAAUUAAGAAACAAAAGCAUUCUAGAACAUGAUUACCUUUUUUCCAGGGCAAUUUUAUCCCUUUGGAUAUCCAGCUGUUAAAUUGUGAGAGAUGCUGUCCAUCAGUCUUAACACGAUGGCCUACAGACCUCAUUCUCACCUCGUCUUGCUGCUUCCUUAACCAAUUUGUUUCUUCCCUUUGGUUUUCUCUGGGCACUCAGUGGGUAUGGGAGAUGCACUGUCUCUUCCAAUUGUGUAUUUUAUACACUGACAUUUCUAUUUAAGGAGUUCAUUAAAGCACAGUAUUUAUACACA